AUGGAGCGGCGGGAGCGGGCGGCGGCGGCCGUGGAGCGGCUGGACGGGGUGACGCGGGAGCGCUUCCUGCGGGACAUCUACCCGCGGAGAAUGCCGGUAGUGCUGACAGGACUGGAACUGGGCACUUGCACGACCAAAUGGACGACAGAUUACUUGAGCCAAGCUGAAGGAUCUAAAGAAGUAAAGAUUCACGUUUCUGCAGUGCCACAGAUGAAUUUCCUCAGUAAGAACUUUGUGUAUAGAACUCUGCCUUUUGAUGUAUUUGUACAAAGAGCAGCUGAAGUCAAGCACAAGGAGUACUUUCUUACUGAGGAUGAAAAAUACUAUUUGCGAUCAGUGGGUGAAGAUGUUAGGAAGGAUAUUGCAGAUAUCAGGAAGCAGUUUCCUAUCUUAGCAGAAGAUGUUCAUAUUCCAGAGUAUUUUGAGAAGGAACAGUUUUUCUCUAGUGUCUUCCGCAUCAGCUCAGCUGGAUUACAGCUGUGGACACAUUAUGAUGUAAUGGACAACUUCUUAAUCCAAGUCACAGGGAAGAAACGAGUUGUUUUGUACAGUCCUCGAGAUGCACCAUAUUUAUAUUUAUCAGGUACUAAAUCAGAGGUGCUGGAUGUGGAUAACCCAGAUUUGGAGAAAUAUCCCCUUUUUGUGAAAGCCAAGCGCUAUCAGUGUGUUUUGGAAGCAGGAGAUGUGUUAUUUAUUCCAGCUUUGUGGUUCCAUAAUGUACUUUCUGAGGAAUUUGGAGUGGCACUGAAUGUCUUUUGGAAGCACCUUCCUGCUGAGUCCUAUGAUAAGACUGACACUUAUGGAAAUAAAGAUCCCAUGGCAGCCUCUAGAGCUAUACAGAUCUUGGACAGAGCCCUGAAAACACUUGACGAACUACCUGAGGAAUAUAGGGAUUUUUAUGCUAGGAGAAUGGUGUUACGUAUCCAAGAAAAAGCCUAUAGGAAUGAUUAUGGAUAAAGCAACACAUUGUAAUUCAGCAAGCAGAACAUUUUAUGUUAGUGUGGUAUGGAAACUGUCCAUAUGUACUUACAUACCCUUUC